AUGGAUUUAUCUACGUGGAUUCGCAAAAAUGCAGAGAUGCAGCAACAACAGCAAAAUCACAGCACGAGCGGCGACGCACCGCAAAACGCCGCGUUCUCGCCCCAAAUGCUGCAGCAAGGCACGGUGCCGGUUCAGUCUAGCCAGACGCAAAUGCUGCAGACGAUCCAGACCAAUGUAGCCACGCUGCAGCGCCAGUGGUCCGUCGUGAGUACACAGCCAGACGGUCCAAAUAAGACCGCCGCACAGCAGUACCUGACGAACCAAAUGCACCGCCUGCGUGCCAUGCACGAGCAAAUGGCACGCAAUGGCAUUGGAAAGGAUCCUAACGUGCCGCAACCCAACAUGCCACAAACACCGCCGAUACCGAACGCACAACUGCUUCCCCAGCAGCUUGUGCAGCUAACACAGCAAUUAGCACAGCUGCCGCAAGGCUCGCCGAUGCACCAGCAACUCUCGCACCUGCUCCAGCAGCAGAUGCAGCAGAUGCAGCAGAUGCAGCAGGCACAGCAGGUACAGCAGGUACAGCAAGCACAACAGGUACAGCAGGCACAGCAAGCACAGCAAGCACAACAGGUACAGCAGGCACAGCAAGCACAGCAAGCACAACAGGUACAGCAGGCACAGCAAGCACAACAGGUACAGCAGGCACAGCAGGCACAGCAAGCGCAACAAGCCCAGUUUCAGCAAGGCCAAGGCGCGGCGCAAGCGAUGCCCAAUCCCAAUGCCGGGCGAGCGCGCAACCUUGCACAGCCAGUGCAGCGCAUACCGACACAGAUGCUCCCGCCGCAAAUGCAGGCCAUGGCGCCGCCGCAAAGCGCCGACGAGCAAGGCACAGAAGCGAUGCGCGUUCCCACGUCGCCCGGCGUGUGGAAUAUGCAAGCAUCACGAACGCCAGAGCCCAGCAGUGCGCCCGGGCGCGACUUUGUGAGUGUCGUGCACGCCUUCUUGGCACAGCGCGGCGCACAGCUUUCGCAAGACUGGUCGGCGCCGUUUCUUGGCCCCGCUCAAGGCAAUGUCAGCGAGACGCGCUCGAUCGAUAUGCAGCGCCUGUUUACCAAGGUCGUCAGCGCCGGCGGCUCCGACUACAUUUUUUCCAUCCCCAACGGGUGGGCGAUGGUUGCCUCGCAGCUGGAUCUUGCCGUUGCCCCCCCGACAGAAAAUAUGACGCAGCAUGCAAUUCCCACGCCGGGCGAAGUACCCCGCCGACUCGCAGCGUACUACGCGACGCGCCUGGGCCUCUUUGAAAAGUCAUGGCUCGCUGCGCAGCGCCGUGUACCCGCCGAGGCGCACGAAACACAGCCCGACAAGCUGCGCGAAGAAAAACAAGGCGCGUUGAGCGCAAAGUCCGAGCGCAGCACGCCUGGCCCGAUGCCUCAAGGCGCGCCGCAGGCGCCGCCAAACCCGUUUGCAGGCAUGGACGCGAACCAAAUGCAGGCGACAAUGAACCAGCAAAUGAGCCAAAUGCAAGCACUCGUCUCCUCGGGCCAGAUGGCGCCGCAGCAAGCCAUGAUGCGGUACAAUGCGCUGCAGCAAGCUAUGCAGGCGUACAACGGCGCGUGCAACGACACCGCAAGAAAUGCACAGCGCACGCCGACCAUGAUGCACGCCAGCCAGCCGUGGAGUGCGCCGCAGGCCGCCAGGCCGCCAGCAGCGCGUGAGAUGGCGCCCAAGUCAGAUAGGUCGAGCGAGCAGCAGGGCGAGAAGGAAACGCCGAAAACCGUGCCUGGCGCGCCCAACUUGGAGCAGCUGCGCGCGAAUCCAGCGGCGCUGCAGGCGCUGCAAUUAAUCCAGCGCGGCGGCCUGAAUCCUGCACAGUACUCGGUGGCUCUUGCGAUCGUGCGCUCUGCACUCGGCCAAGAAGGCGCGCAGGAAAGUGCACCUUUGUAUCCAGCGUCGGGCGUUCAGCCGCCCCCUGAAGCGCCGAGCGUGCCUGAGCAAGCGCCAGUGCCUGCGCCAGUGCCUACGCCUGCGCCUGCGCCUGUACCUGCGCCUGCGCCUGCGCCUGUACCUGCGCCUGCGCCUGCGCCUGCGCCUGUACCUGCGCCUGCGCCUGCGCCUGCUCCUGCGCCUCCAAAAUCGCCGCCAAGCUACAAGAUUGAGUAUUUGCCGUGGCACACCGACCUGCCUACGUACGGCGGCCGUGACUUGGACAAGAUCGACCGCGAGCUUGUGCCGCGCAUAGCCCAGGCCCAAUCACGCGGCGUGCAAGAGCUCGGUACGGUGGAUAUCUAUGCCUUGACCAUGUCGCUCGCGUCGCGUCUUUCUUUUGAAGUUUCCUACGCGAUCAAUACACUGCUGAUUCUUUCCGCUGGCGUCGACGCGUCGCGCUACCACCAGCUGCCGCUUGCACAGUGCGACACGCUUUUCGAUACGCUCCUCGACCUACUCCUCGAGAAUGUUUACAGUGCGCCGCUCCCCCCGAUGGACGCCAGCGAUGCCGAUGCACUCUUUGCCGACGGACUUUUGCACACGGAUAUGCUCACAUACCCCGCCGCGCUGGAGCUGGCGCUGCAAGAGGCCGGCGAGCUGCGCCUCUGGCGGCGACUCCCCUCGAGCGACGCUGCGUUUGCGAAUGCGCGCGCGGAAGAAGAAGCGGAUCGCCGCGUCUCCAUCGCGCUGUCUAUCCUCAUGAUCGUGCGCAACCUGGCGCUCAUGCCCGACAAUCUUGCCUACCUUGCGCGCCACGUUCGUUUCCUUGCCGUCUUGGCAAACAUCACGCGCGAUGCCAUGCACGACACACGGUGGGGCACGUUCAAGCGCACCCAGCUCGCCCACUUUUCCCUCGUGGAGCUGCUGCAGGUAAAAAAAGACGUGCUCUCCAUCCUCCUUGCGCUCUGCAGCGAGGAGCUCGAAUUGGAGGCGCACAAGCCCACCGUCGCCGCCGUAUUUUUCGACUUGCUCCGCUUCUUUAUCAUCGCGGUCGACGAGUUCGAGGCGAAGGAGGGUGCGCCGCCGCUGCACCUCGAGCGCCUCGGCACGGCGGGCCAUCCCAACGUGAAUGUACAGGCGCUGAUGUUUCAGGUGCCGCACCACGCGCGGUAUGCGUUGCAGGCACUCUCGCACUUUACGCUUUUUGACGGAAACCGCGCCGUGCUCGCCCAGUGGGUGCCUCCCGCGACGCUCGUCCAGCUCAUCCGUGUCUUGUUCCGGCUCGUCCCAGUUGACGUGCACGACUUCCGCCGGCUUACAGCGUCGACGCGCCUCGAGUACACAGAAACAGCAGCAACAUGCCUGUUCAACCUGGCCUACCUUGCUCCCCCCGAGACCAAAUGCGCCAUUCGCGACACGCCCGGCAUCGCUGGCAUUUUAUUUCGUGCGGUAAAGCGCCUGCUGCAAAGCGCGCCAGAUUAUACCAGAAACCCCUACGGUGUCUUGUGCCGCCGCUUGAUUGAAACACUGCGCGUGCUGAGCGAUGGCCACGACACGCUCGGCGUGCCUCCUCUCCUGGGCAUGUACUACCCUGCAGAAGAAGACGCACAGCACAAGAAGCGCGGCCACCUGCCCGAGUACGACGACGAGGUGCUCGACAUUUUAUUGUGCACGCCCAGGGUGGAUGCAUCCUUUGCCGACGAGCUUUUGGCACUAACUGGGUAG